AUGAGCAAGAGAAAGGCGCCGCAGGAGUCUCUCAAUGAAGGAAUCACAGACUUUCUAGUUGAACUUGCCAACUACGAGAAAAACGUAAACCGGGCCAUUCACAAAUACAACGCAUACAGGAAAGCAGCAUCGACUAUCUCCAAAUACCCAAACAAAAUCAAGAAUGGCGAAGAGGCCAAAAAGCUGGACGGAGUGGGAGCUAAGAUCGCAGAGAAGAUUGACGAGUUCCUACAAACCGGAAAAUUAAGGAAACUGGAAAAGAUUCGUAAUGACGACACCAGUUCCUCCAUUAAUUUCCUCACUAGAGUCACUGGAAUUGGACCCGCAGCUGCGAGAAAGUUCUACGAUGAAGGGGUGAAAACUUUAGAAGAUCUGAAAAAGAUUGAGCACAAGUUAAACCACCACCAGCAAAUUGGACUGAGAUAUUUUGAAGAGUUUGAGAAGAGGAUUCCAAGAGCUGAAAUGGAGAAGAUGGAGACGCUGAUUCUUGGAGAACUGGGAAAAAUCAGUGAGGAAUACAUCGGGACAAUCUGCGGGAGCUACAGGAGGGGCGCUGCGUCGAGUGGUGAUAUUGAUAUCUUGCUGACACAUCCUGAUUACACGUCUGAGACCGAGAAGCAGCCCAAGUUGCUGCACGCCGUGGUGGAGCAUUUGGAGUCCAUUGGUUUCGUGACCGACACACUUUCCAAAGGGGACACAAAGUUCAUGGGAGUCUGUCAGCUGCAAAAGGGAGACAAUGACGAAGAAGAAGAAGAGGAAUAUCUCCACCGACGUAUUGAUAUCAGGUUGAUCCCCAAAGACCAGUACUACUGUGGCGUGCUGUACUUCACCGGCAGCGACAUAUUCAACAAGAACAUGAGGACCCACGCUCUGGAGAAGGGCUUCACUCUAAACGAGUACACCAUCCGCCCGCUCGGAGUCACCGGCGUGGCGGGAGAGCCGUUGAUGGUGGACAGCGAGAGAGACAUCUUUGAAUACAUCCACUAUAAAUACAGAGAACCAAAAGACCGCAGCGAGUGA